AACCAUCUUCUCCGAUCACAAUAACCGUUUCCCCCUCCCUAGGGUUCCUACGGUCGUCGCCGUCGUUCUCAACCAUUUCAUCUCUCUUAAUUUCUCAUGGUAGAAGAGGAAUUGGACGGUGUCGUUUAUCUUCAUGGAGAUCUCGACCUUAAAAUCAUCGAGGCUCGUGCCUUACCUAACAUGGAUUUACUAACUGAAAGAAUCCGUCAAUGUUUCACCGCUUUCGAUUCUUGCCGAAAACCUUUCGCCGCCAGACGUAAACGUCAGCAGGCUCAACGCGACCAUCGCAAAAUCAUCACCAGCGAUCCGUACGUUACCGUAUGUCUCGCCGGAGCUACAGUGGCUCGUACACGCGUGAUUUCGAACUGUCAGAAUCCGGUAUGGAAAGAGAAUUUCAUUAUCCCUUUAGCGCAUCCAGUUUCGUUGGUUGAGUUUCAGGUGAAAGAUAAUGAUGUAUUCGGAGCAGAUCUGAUUGGAAUCGCGACUAUUUCUGCUGAAAGGAUUAAAACUGGUGAGAUGAUUAACGAAUGGGUGCCUAUAAUUGGAUCUAAUGGUAAACCGCCGAAACCUAAUUCUGCUGUACGGCUUCAGAUGCAGUUUAUUCAAUGUGAUCGGAAUCCGGCUUAUAGUCAUGGAAAUGCGCCGGAUACAGAGAGGUUUGAGGUGAAGCAGAGUUAUUUUCCUGUGCGACGUGGAGGUUUGGUAACUUUGUAUCAGGAUGCUCAUGUUCCUGAUGGUAUGCUUCCUGAGAUUAAAGUGGACGGUGGGAUGGAUUUUAAGCAUGAGAAUUGUUGGGAAGAUAUAUGUCAUGCAAUAUUGGAGGCUCAUCAUCUUGUUUAUAUUGUGGGGUGGUCGAUAUUCCAUAAGGUGAAGUUGGUUAGAGAACCGAGCAAGCCAUUGCCGAGCGGUGGAAAUCUCAUACUUGGGGAUUUGUUGAAGUAUAAAUCGCAGGAAGGCGUUAGAGUCUUAUUGUUGGUUUGGGAUGAUAAAACUUCUCAUAGCAAAUUCUUCAUUAAUACGGCUGGAGUAAUGCAAACUCACGACGAAGAAACUCGUAAGUUUUUCAAACACUCGUCAGUGACUUGUGUUUUGGCGCCUCGUUAUGCAAGCAGUAAACUUAGCAUUUUCAAGCAACAGGUUGUUGGGACUCUAUAUACACACCAUCAGAAAUGUGUAAUAGUUGAUACACAAGCACAUGGAAACAACAGAAAAAUCACUUCUUUUCUAGGCGGUUUGGACCUCUGUGAUGGCCGUUAUGAUACCCCUGAUCACAGAUUAUUUACUGAUCUCAAUACUGUCUUUAAAGAUGAUUAUCAUAACCCUUCAUUUUCAGCAGGAACUAAGGGACCAAGACAACCAUGGCAUGAUUUGCAUUGUAAAAUAGAAGGGCCAGCAUCAUAUGAUGUCCUUCAAAACUUUGAGCAGAGAUGGAGAAAAGCCACAAAAUGGUCAGAAUUUGGUAAGCGUUUUAAAAAGAUGGCUCAUUGGCAUGAAGAUGCUUUGCUUAAAGUAGAAAGGAUUUCAUGGAUUCUCAGCCCUUCCGCAUCUGUUCCAUGUAAUGAUCCUCAAUUGUGGGUUUCCAAGGAGGAGGAUCCUGAGAACUGGCAUGUUCAGAUUUUCAGAUCCAUAGAUUCAGGUUCUGUGAAAGGGUUUCCUAAGCAAGUUCAAUUAGCAGAGUCACAGAAUCUAGUGUGUGCAAAGAAUAUGGUAAUUGACAGAAGCAUUCAGACAGCGUAUGUUCAAGCGAUAAGAUCGGCACAGCAUUUCAUUUAUAUCGAAAACCAAUAUUUUCUUGGCUCCUCUUAUGCCUGGCCCUCCUACAAAGAUGCAGGAGCUGACAAUCUAAUACCGAUGGAGAUAGCAUUGAAGAUUGCUAGUAAAAUAAGAGCAAAGGAGAGAUUUGCAGUUUAUGUGGUUAUCCCAAUGUGGCCAGAGGGAGUUCCCUCUUCUGCUGCUGUUCAAGAAAUUCUCUAUUGGCAGGGACAAACCAUGCAAAUGAUGUAUGACAUUAUUGCUAAAGAGUUGAAAUUCAUGAACAUUAAAGAUGCACAUCCUCAAGACUACCUUAAUUUUUACUGCCUUGGUAAACGUGAAGAAUCUCCAUUGGAAAAUUCCCAAUCCAGCGACCAAUCUUCUAAAGGAGAAACGAUUUCAGCUUCCCAGAAAUCUGGACGAUUUAUGAUCUAUGUACAUGCAAAGGGGAUCAUAGUAGAUGAUGAGUAUGUAAUUUUGGGAUCUGCAAAUAUAAACCAGAGAUCUAUGGCGGGUUCAAGAGACACAGAGAUAGCUAUGGGUGCGUAUCAACCCCAUCAUACAUGGACUAAGAAUAAUCAUAUGCAUCCCCAUGGCCAGAUAUACGGAUACAGAAUGUCGUUAUGGGCAGAACACCUAGAGAGUAUCGACUACUGCUUCAAUCAUCCCCAAAGUUUGGAUUGCUUGAGAAUCGUGAACAAGAUUGCGAAUGAUAAUUGGGCUAAAUAUGUAGCCGAUAAAUUCACUCCCAUGGUGGGACAUCUAAUUAAAUACCCAAUUGAAGUUUCCUCUGACGGUGAAAUUGGCAAUUUGCCUGGCCACGAGUAUUUCCCCGAUCUUGGUGGACGUAUUCUUGGUGGGAGAACCAACCUCCCGGACGCCUUAACCACUUAACACCGUUCAAUCUUCUUCUUUAUUUUUUCUCGGCAAAUGAGCGUUGAGAAAACGUAAUGCCGAUGUACUUGAGCCUAACUUAACUAAAUAAUAUAUAUUAUAUUAUAUAUAGAAGGCAUCCAAGAUCACAAUAAUGAUCAAGUUAAGCUUUGUAUAACGAUUCAUAUAUCAUACAAA